AUGGCUAUUUGGCCCUGGGCCCCUAGCUCGCCUCAAGUGGUAACAAACCUCAGCGCUCUGCCCCACAUCUACAACGAUGGCGCCAGCCAGAUUCACACGACAGCAAAGCCCUCGGCAGCCAUUCCCAUCAACCACGUCCCUUUGGGCCCAGUUGCUCCCUGCGCCAUGUCGAUGCAAGGCAGCGAGUCCCUCCAUUAUCUGUUCGGCGGCACCUGCUCGUGGGAUUUCGACUCAUGGCAUGCCUCUGACGACCGCGUCCGCGGCGGCAAGAGCCAGAGCCAUCUCGAAGCCGCGUCGCCGUCAGGGAGUGACGCCACGCACCAGAACGCCCGCUUCUUUGGCAACCUAGACAUCACUGCCCUCGGCGGCGCAGGCUUCGCAUCCCAGCGCACGGCCGACUCCAAGUCCUGGGACCUUUCGCCGUACUCUGGCCUGUCCAUCAAGAUCGUCAACGGAGAUGGCAAGAAGUACACGCUGAUUCUCAAGGACGAGAUCCUCCCCAAGAGACCGGAUGGCAGGGAGCAGAGCACCGUCAGCUGGGAGUACGACUUCGUCGGCGAGCAGAGUGAGCUGCGUAUUUCAUGGGCCGACUUCAAGCCAACGUACUGCGGCAAGGCAAUGCCCGACGCCGAUCCUCUGGACUUGACUGGUAUCAAGCGGUUGAGCAUCAUGGAUGAGAAGCUUUUUCGGCGACCAGCAAGGCAAGUUUGACCUUGAAGUGGCCUACAUUGCCGCCACGCCAUCCAACCCAGAGAGCAAAGCCUCUGCUCCGAGGGGCUCAAGAUCCAGCACCCUGGCCUCACAAGCACAAGCGGGCCAAGACGUCACCUGGCUGGGAUGGGCUCGAGGUUGGUUUCGGGGAUUGUUGUGAGCCAACUACCACGUUUAACGUAACUUCAUUUUGGCUUUCACGCUGCAAAAAGACAGCACAUUUUCGGCUGCGCACAAUGAAAUGACAACAUGCCGAGUAAUACUCGCCCGGCAAUGUCCUUGUCGUCCUGUACGAGUAACUAGUAUAAUUCGCGGGAAAGUCUGCGCGCGUCAAUUAGCAGCAGGGCAGCUCGAGGACCUUUGUGAAGCUAAUUAGGUCCUUGAAUCGGAUGGGUGGGUGCCUUUGUGAAUCCGAGCCAACCUUGAGAACAUCCCAUGCG